AUGACACCACCGCUACUCGGUCUUGAACAGGUUACCAUCGGUUACGGCGAGCUGACCGUUGUCCAUGACGUGACACUUGCGCUGCGUCAGGGCGAGUUCGUUUCCAUUCUCGGACCUUCCGGGUGUGGAAAGUCGACGCUGCUGCGCGCUAUCGCCGGAUUUGUGCCGGUCAAGAGCGGGCAAAUAAGCCUGAACGGCGAGGAUGUGACCCGUCAGCCGCCCGAGGAUCGAGACGUCGGCAUCGUCUUUCAGAACUACGCCCUGUUUCCGACCAUGUCCGUUUUCGAGAACAUUGCCUUCGGAUUGAGGGUCGCGGGAACCGGCAGCCGGGACAUACGCGUGAAGGUCGAUGCAAUCGCCGAGGUUGCCGGCAUUCUGGACCAGUUGCCCAAACGCCCGGCGGAGUUGUCCGGCGGUCAGCAGCAACGGGUCGCGAUUGCCCGCUCGCUGAUCAUGGGAACCAAGGUACUUUUGUUUGAUGAGCCUUUGUCAAACCUGGAUGCCAAGGUCAGGCAGACCAUGCGCCGCGAAAUCAGGCGGUUGCAGGCAGAGCUGGGUUUCACUGCGCUCUUCGUGACCCACGAUCAGGACGAGGCACUUUCCAUGUCCGACCGGAUUGUCGUUUUGAACGGGGGGCGGGUUGAACAGGCCGGCACCGCCCGGGAGAUUUAUCGCUCGCCGCAAACCGCUUUUGUCUGCCACUUCAUCGGUGCCGCGAACGCCUUGUUGCCAGCCAGCGCGGCACGGCUUUUCCCGAAAUUGCACCUGCAAACAGGUGAAAGCGCCCAUGUGCGAUGCGAGGAUCUGAAGCUUGUCGAUCGCGCUCACCCUGACGCCGUCGAGGCCAGACUGGAAACAUUGGACUUCACCGGCCGUGAGGCGACCCUGACCUGCUGCCUGGGUGAGGAGCGGCUGGAUGUGAUCAUUGCCGGACACCUCGUCGAUGACGACCUUGAGCCCGGCAAGGCAUUGUAUCUGGCUGCACGCUUGCUGUUGGGGCUAUGCGGGGUCGUCUGGUUCCUGCUGACCUUUCUGAUUUUUCCGCUCAUCGCCGGGUUGAGUGUUGCUUUUCCAGGUGCUGACUCAAAGGGUCUUUUCAUCCUUGCCGAGGAGCUCUCCGCCGCGCGCCGUGUACGGGAGGCUGUCGCCAACACCGCCUGGAUGACGCUUGCCACUGUUUUCACCGUGACGGUCGUCGGUGUGCUCCAGGUCAUGUUUCUUGACUAUUUUGCCAUCCGGGGACGAUCCCUUCUGAAGAUCGGGUUCGCGGUGCCGCUUGUCUUCGGAUCGGUCGUGGCUGCGGCCGGCUACCGGUUCGUGUUCGGGCAGACCGGAUCUGUCACCGCGGUGCUGACAUGGCUGUUCCCGGAUCUUGGCUCGGAUUGGUUCGAAGGCUUCUGGGCGGUUCUUUAUGCGCACACGUUCCUGAUGACCGGAUUGCACUAUCUGUUCCUGAGGGCGGCCCUCAGGCGGGUGGAUUAUUCCACGGUCGAGGCGGCGCGCAGCCUGGGUGCGAAGGAGCACACGAUAUUGCUGCGGGUUGUCCUGCCGGCAGUGAUGCCGACGCUGAUCGCCGUGACACUGCUGUUGACCGAUACGGCCAUGGCAAGUUUCGCCGUACCCGAAAUCCUCGGCGGGCGUGACUUUCACAUGCUGUCCCAGAUGAUCCUGAAACUGAACAGCCUGCGGCGACAGGACCUUGCAGUUAUUCUUGCGAUGAUGUUCGGCGUCAUUGUCAUGAGCCUGAUUAUCGCGUCGCAGAUUGUCGAGCAGCGCGGGCGGUUUACCGGUGGUGCAAAGGUUCCGGUCCCCAUCCAGCUCAAGACGAUCCGCAAUCCAGUCUGGAACGGGAUUGCGCAUGGAAUCGCCUACCUGUUCCUUGCGGCAAAUGUUCUUCCCGUUCUCACGGUGGUGCUGUUUUCCUUUGCUCCGGCGGCAAGCAUCGGUGUCGAGAUCAUUCCCUCAAGCCUCUCCCUUCAGAACUACCUGAAGGUCUUCACCGAUGCCGACGUCCUGCAACCGCUGCUGAACUCGGUGCAGAUGUCGGGACUCGCCGUCUUUUUCGGCCUGGCCAUCACUCUGUUUUCAGUUCCGGUCAUGCUGAAAUACGAUAACUGGGCGGCGCGUACGCUUGAUCUCAGCUUCUUUCUGCCGUGGUUCCUGCCGGGCGUUCUGCUCGCGGUCGGUAUGAUCCUGGCGUUCGACACACCUAACGCCCUGGUGGGCGGAGCGAUCCUGCUCGGCAACUGGUGGAUCGUUCCGGCUGCCUACACGGUCAUCAUCAUGCCGCUGAUGGUGCGGUUUUUGAGGGCGGCUUUUGUCGGCAUUGAUCCGCAUUACGGUGAAGCGGCACAGUCUCUCGGCGCUUCCGCUCUUUACAGGUUCCGGAGGAUUUCACUGCCUCUUAUCCUUCCGACCGUCGUUCUUCUGGCAGGAUUGAAGUUCAACGACCUGAUGACCGAGUAUCCUGUCUCCGCAUUUCUCUUCAACGUGAACAACAGACCCCUCUUGCUUGCAAUCGUUGACGGCGCCCGAUCCGCCGACCCCGAACAGCGGGCCGUCAAUCUUGUCUAUGUGACGCUGAUCAUGGCGGCGUCCAUGGUGAUUAUCGUUCUUGCCGAGAGCACCCGAAUGUCUGAACUCUGUAUCACGGUCUGGCACUGGCCGAGUGAACCGCGAUGGUUUGACGAUGGACUGAAGAAGGACCUUGCCCUCAUCCGGGAGGCCGGAUUUACCCAUCUCAACUGGAAUCCGGAUGCCGGCUCGUCCUACUGGUACACGGAUGCGGAAAUCGCAUUCAUAGCCCGAACGCUGAAAGAGGCCGGUCUGCAGAUGCAUUCGGUGCAUGCGACCAACGGGAUCAAUCCUGUGACCGAGUUUACCGGCAAGGGAAUGGGCGCGCGCGCGGAGACCAUGGAGAGGCGGAUGGACUAUACUUCGCCGAAUGACUGGCAACGCAGGGCUGGCGUGGAACUGAUCCGCAAUCGCAUCGAUCUUGCUGUUGCGACGGCAAGUCCGAAUGUUGUCCUGCAUCUCGACGUGACGGAUGAGGCCUUUGCAACUUCCGCGGCAACCGACGUGUUCUUCAAACCGGUAUUCGACAGUUUCGACGAGCUCUCGUCGCUUUGCCGAGAAACGGGUGUGGUGAUCGCGAUCGAGAACCUGUUCGGCAAGGCUGACGGCGACAACUGGCUGGCGGCGCUCGGGCUCUUGUUCGAACGGUACGGCGCGGAUGUGCUUGGCCUUUGUUACGACAGCGGCCAUUGGGAACUGCAGGAACCGGGCAAGCUGUCGGUGCUGCACCGUUUCGGAAACCGCCUUGUGGCAACGCAUCUCCAUGACAAUUGGGGCAUUCGAGACGAUCACCUGCUGCCGGGUGACGGCCGCCUCGAUUGGGAUGCCAUCAUACAGGCGAUCGCGGCAACGCCGUACAAGCCACCACUUAACUUCGAAACGCCGAAGGACAGAUAUGCCGUCAGUGCACAGGCCUUUUAUCGUCGUGCCGCAACAAUUGCCCGCGACCUGGAGCAAAAACUGGCAAGCGCGCGGGCUGGCUGA